AUGGUGCUGUGCCUGCGGGACACCGGCAACAUCCCGUGGUGGCUGCGCCAGCAGGACCUGAACGAGCUGCACUACAGCACCGCCCCGGGCGGGGAGGCCUUCGUCGCGUUCUGGUCGGACACGCCGGGGCGGGGGAUGGUCUUUAGCCCCCGCGCCCCGGCCUACGGCCCGCGCGCGAUCGCCGCGCACGACCCGGGCUUUGAGGUGCUGCGAAUCGUCCGGGUCAUGAACGACGUCUGCUUCGCCUCCCUCGACGUUCGCCGGGCGAUUCAGAUUCGGGAGGUCGGUGACGCCUCCGCCGCGGCUUACCUGCGGCGCCGGGAGAUGGAAAGUCAAUCCGGGCAAUCAGACCAGGUCGGCGAACGAAUGCGGUCUUUUCGGGCGGAAAACGGCGAGCGAACUCCCUCGCAGGGCGCCCUGAGCUGCCCGUUGCCGAAGGAGCAGUUGGCGAACGUGUGGAUGCAGGUCCAGGAGGAGCUCCGCGCGCGCUGCGAGGUCGCGCAGAAUGCGGCGAUCCCGAUCACUGAGCGCAAUGCCCGGGCGGUCUGCCUUUCACGCGAGCAGAUCCACUUUUUGGCCUCGCAGCUGGAGGAGGAGCGGGAGGGGCUGGACGACAUCGUCGGUAUGCCGCUCGAGCGGGCCCAGCGGAUGCGCCCGACGGAAGGCGGCGGGGGGCUGGGUUUGGCGACGCCGCAGUUCUUCGACGGUUUCCGAGAAGGGAACUCCUCUCAACAACUCUCGACCGGGGGAAGUGCGAGCGAUGGGUCGAGCUACCACACGCCCGGGGCGCGAUACCUCACCCCGAUGGAUAACGGCGAAGAUGAAAAAGACUCUGCGGGCAACUGCGGGGGAGAGCCGACGGUGAAUGCGAUUAUUGAUGAAAGUAUGCUUGCUAUGAAGAAAAAGUAA